AACAGUGCAAUCGAAUUUUCCAGAGAGAAAGAAGACUCCAAAAACGAAAUAACAAAUUUGUGGAUAAAUUUGUUUAAUUUGGAUACAACGAAUUUUCAACGCACAAAGAAUCAAGCAAGAUGACUUGUGGGAUAUCUUGUGUCGAUAAGACACUGAACAAAUCGUUCUAUCACCUGGGCAUAUGUAUAGCCAAACAUCCGGGCUAUUUUGUGAUAAUACCGGUGAUGAUAACGCUCCUCUGCAUGACGGGCUAUCAGCAAUUAAAAUAUCAAAUUGAUCCCGAAUAUCUGUUUUCGCCCAUUAAUGGCGAGGGUAAGGCCGAGCGUGCGAUCGUUGAGCAAUAUUUCAAAGUGAAUUAUACACAUCGCUUCAAUGUGGGACGCAUUACAAGACCCGGUCGCUUCGGACGCGUCAUCGUAAUACCCAAAGAUGGGGACGAGAACAUGUUGCGACGCGAGGUCUUCAUGGAGCUGCGCAUGCUGGACAAUCUUAUACAGAAUGCCACCACCACAUACGAUGGUGACACCUUCACCUACAAGGACAACUGUGCUCGCUGGGAGAACGAGUGCUUUGAGAAUGAUAUUUUGAAUCUGGAUGUGCUAAUGGAUGAUAUUGAAUCGGGUCAAUUGAAUCUCUCAUUUCCCAUCAUGUUUAAUCCAGUUACUUGGGAUGCGCAUGCGUUUCCAGUUUUCUUCGGUGGCACCAAGCUAACGGAAGAUAAUUAUAUUAUUAGCGUGCCGGCCAUCCAACUGGUUUACUUCGUUACCGCCGAUACGAAGCGUCAAGAUGCCAAGGGUGCCGAAUGGGAGGAGACUUUUCUGCGUGUGGUGGGCAAAGCUGAAGAAACGGGCACCUUUAAGCAUAUAUCAGUGUCCUACUUUGCCUCACGCACGCUGGACCACGAGCUGGAGAAAAACACCAAAACAGUGGUGCCAUAUUUUAGCUCAACCUUUUUGCUAAUGGGUUUGUUUAGCAUUAUUACCUGCAUGAUGGGCGAUGCUGUGCGUUCAAAGCCUUGGCUGGGCAUGAUGGGCAAUGUGUCCGCUAUUAUGGCCACGCUAGCUGCCUUUGGCCUGGCCAUGUAUUGUGGCAUCGAAUUCAUAGGCAUCAAUUUAGCAGCGCCUUUCUUGAUGAUUGGCAUUGGCAUUGAUGAUACCUUUGUCAUGCUGGCGGGCUGGCGCCGAACUCCGGCUAAAAUGCCCGUACACGAACGCAUGGCCCACAUGAUGUCCGAGGCGGCAGUUUCCAUAACCAUCACCUCAGUGACAGACUUUAUUUCGUUCCUCAUCGGCAUCAUCAGUCCAUUUCGUUCGGUGAAAAUCUUCUGCACCUAUUCGGUAUUCGCUGUUUGUUUUACCUUCAUGUGGCACAUUACGUUCUUUGCCGCCUGCAUGGCUAUAUCUGGCUAUAGAGAGCGAAAGAAUCUGCAUGCUAUUUUUGGCUGCAAGGUGCAGCCGAUGUCGGUGGCUAUCAAAGAAAAGCGCAACUAUUUCUAUAAGGCCAUUAUGGCUGGCGGCAUUGAUCCCAAAGAUCCCGAUAAUCCCAUCGACAACAAAGAUCACAUGUUUAUGGCAUUCUUCAAGGACAGACUUGCUGCAGUUAUUAACAAUAAAUGGUGCAAGGCCAUUAUUAUACUAGCCUUUGCUAGCUAUCUGGCCGGCGCUUGUUACGGUGUGACCCAAAUCAAGGAGGGACUGGAACGUCGUAAAUUAUCACGCGCUGAUUCCUAUUCGGUGGAGUUUUUCGAUCGCGAGGAUGAUUACUAUCGCGAAUUCCCGUACCGCAUGCAGGUUAUUGUAGCAGGCGCUCUGAAUUACUCUGAUCCAGAGAUCCAAUAUCAUUUUGAGAAUCUAACUCGCACUUUGGAGCACACCUCCUAUGUGACUUCCUCGCUUUAUACGGAAUCGUGGCUGCGCUCUUUUCUGUCGUUUAUUGACCGCAAUAACGAUUACCUCAACACGACCAUAGACGAUGAGGCGGACUUUAUAGACGCUGUGAAGGAGCAUUGGCUCUUCCCUGGCAAUCCGUUCUCGCUGGACGUCAAGUUCAAUGAGGAUGAGUCCCAGAUAAUAGCCUCCAGAUUUCUGAUACAAGCUGUCAACAUAACGGACACCAAUCAUGAAAAGGAAAUGGUUCGAGACCUUCGCAAAAUCUGCAAGGAUUCACCGCUCAACGCGUCCAUCUUUCAUCCCUACUUCGUGUUCUUCGAUCAGUUCGAGCUGGUGCGGCCCGUAUCGUUGCAAGCUAUGGUCAUAGGCGCCAUCAUUAUGAUGAUUAUUUCCUUCAUAUUCAUACCCAAUAUCCUAUGCUCUCUGUGGGUCGCCUUCUCCGUCAUAUCGAUCGAACUGGGCGUUGCCGGCUAUAUGGCUCUGUGGGAUGUCAACUUGGACUCCAUCUCCAUGAUCAAUCUGAUAAUGUGCAUAGGCUUCAGCGUAGACUUCACGGCCCACAUCUGCUACACCUAUAUGUCCUCCAAGAAGCGCAGUCCCAAGGCGCGCGUGCGUGAAGCAUUGCACUCCCUGGGCUUGCCCAUCGUACAGGGCAGCAGUUCGACCAUAUUAGGCAUUAUCGCACUGCUCUUGGCGCAGAGUUAUAUAUUUUUGGUUUUCUUCAAAAUGGUCUUCCUGGUUAUAUUCUUUGGUGCGAUGCAUGGCUUGUUCUUGUUGCCCGUCCUGUUGUCACUGUUCGGUCCAGGCUCCUGGCAAACCUGGACGGGACGUGAUGAUGGCAGCGAUGCGGAAGUGGACGACAGCUUAACGGACAUGAAGCUGGCCCAUGUACUGGAGAAGCCAUUCGCGCAGUCCUAUUACAUGCAAUAUCCAAGCAUGGGACCAUAUGGCUCCAAGGGUUUCCUGGGUGCGCCCUACAAGGCCUACGGCGUCGAUGAGAAGGAUCAAGGCUUGGGCACUUCUGGCGAAGAUUCGAGCGAGAGCAGCUCCAGCCGCUCCCAGCGACGACAGCAGCAAUUGGCAGAUAACAACGCGCCUGUGACUGAGCAGCCGCCACGCCGCUAUGAGGAUCCCUGGCGUCGUUCCAGCUACCAAAACAUCGACAUGUACGGAAGCACAGGCGCUGCCCAGUUCAAGCCUCAAACCGAUCUCUAUGGCCUGCAGCUGUCUGCCGCCGAGUGGCGUCAGCGUCUGGAUGCCCACGAGCAGCUGCAUCAGCGCAACAAGCAGCGUCGCAGCCAGGUCUACGAUAGGGACAUGCAGCGCGUGCGGCACAACUCACAUGGCGAUGUCAUUGAGCUGCACACACCCACGCCCCACUCUUCGCUGGAUGAGCGGAUGCGACGUCAGUAUAUGCAGGCGCAGCUGAGCGCCGGCAGCGGUGAUGAGAGCACCUAUCGACAGCAGCUGGACGCCAGUAUUUUGCGUGCUCGCGAUUCAUCGCCGCUGGCAAUGCAAGUGCCUGCUGGCAAACGCUAUCAUCGCCGUCGCUCCUCGGAGGACUCAACGCGCUACCAUCAGCGCUGGCCAGCGAACAUUGAAGAGCGUCGCGCCAGACGCACGCAGUCGCCGAGUCAGCGACAUUCGCAUUCGUAUAUAGAGACUGCCGCAGUCCCAGCACGCUUUGCCCAUCGCUCCAUAUCGCAUCAUAAUCUCUAUCAGCCCAACAGCCUUAAGCACCAGCAGCAGCAGCAGCACCAGCAGCAGCCUCCGACCUAUCAAUAUGGCGACUAUUGAGAGCAGUUUGCAUAUACAAUUCUUCUGAGCAGCGAUUAAUUAAGUUUAGCCUAAAAUAAAAGCAUAUUUAUAAUUUAAACAUUUAAUUUUACCAAUAGUCAAUUUAC